UCUCUUGCCCCCGAUUUAGCGAGACGCCUAUAAAUUAGGAAUCGCCGUCACGCUCCUCUUUCGUCUUCACCGUUUCAAUUUUCAAAAGAAUCUCUCUUUGUUCAAGUUUCUCAGGUUUUUCAAAAAUGGCAGACCCGGAAUCUUCACGCCCAAUCGAUACGGUGAAUUGCGAUGAGAAGAAGCUCAAGUAUCUGGAAUUUGUUGAAGUCGCGGCGAUUUAUGCCGUCCUCUGCUUCUCGAGCCUCUACGAGUACGCGAAGGAAAACGCCGGUCCUCUGAAACCGGGGGUUCAGACCGUGGAAGGCACCGUCAAAACGGUAAUCGGACCGGUCUACGAGAAGUUCCAGGACCUUCCUUUCCAGCUCCUCAAAUUCGUCGAUCACAAGGUCGACGAGUCGCUGAGCGAGUUGCACCGUCACGUGCCGUUCCUGGUAAAGCAGGCGUCGAACACGGCUCUGUCGGUGGCGACGGAAGUUAAGCGAGCCGGGUUGGUGGACGCGGCGCGUAACAUCACGGCGAGCGCGUACUCGAAAUACGAGCCGAUGGCGGAGGAGGUGUACUACAAGUACGAGCCGGUGGCGGAGCAGUACGCCGUCUCGGCUUGGCGGUCGCUGAAUCGGCUGCCGCUGGUUCCUCAGGUGGCUCAGAUUAUGGUCCCCACGGCUGCCUAUUGGUCUGAGAAGUACAAUCAGGCGGUUUGUUUCACGGCGGAGAGAGGGUUCCCCGUGGCGGCUCACCUGCCGUUGAUUCCGACGGAGAGGAUUGCGAAGGCGUUUGAGGAAGCCGAGCAUGUCUCUCCCGCCGGUUCGACGAAUGCCGGAGCCGUCGAACUGGAACACUGACAACCGUUCAUUUGUGUUUAGUUAUUUCUUUUCUUUUUUUGGCUGAUGCGAAUGUUUUUGGGAUGUAUUUGAAUUUCAAAAAGUUGUGAUUCACAACCCUGCUUCUAGGGUUUUCGGAGUUUUCAA